AUAAUUAGGUUAUAAAUUACAAGAGGCCGAUAAGCUUAGCCAAUUAUGUCUUCAACCGUUUUAACUUAUGUUCCGGUAAAAAACGUUUUUUUGGAUAUUUUUAUCUCGAACCGAUUCAAUACCAUCAUAUUUGAUUAAGAUUGUGCUAUUUUUAACAAUUUCCUAAAGUGGUUGGGCCGAGAAACCCAAGCUAGCGACGUGUCUAAUGGCGCUGACGGGAGGAUUUCGCGCGCGAUUAUGACGGAUUCGUGGCAUUUUUUACUCCAGCUGAUUCAUUAUUUUUAGCAUUUAUGUGUCUUUUAAUCGUUAAUUACGUAUUCUACUGAUCGUAUAAUGUAUUAAUACCGCUAUUUAUUAAUUAAAUCUGCAUCAAAAUACGACUUGAAAAAAUUUCUCCCGCCAACCAGCAGGGGGCACGCUGCUUGUAUUUUGAUCUCAAAAUGAUACUUUUACGUUAAAAUCAGUUUGUUUUUCGUAUCCUGAAUACUCAUAGACGUAGCUAGUUCUAUUAAGUAUAUAUAUUUUUUAGAAUUAUGUCCUCUAUCAUGGUUGUCAAUUGACAUAACCCUAUUUGCGGUUUGAACAUGACAUGCGACAGUGGAGGUUGCACCAGGUGAUCUGUACCCCUCAAUAUGGCGCAAGCAGGUUCCUCCUGUGAGGCCAUUGAGAAGCGUGCCAACUUGAAACGAAAAAGGAAUUCAACAGAUGAUGAGGUGGAGAAUAUGCCCCCUGUGAAAGUAACAGCUAAGGAAGAUGAUCUAAGUGACCAGCCAGGUCACAAUGUUGUAGUGGAGUCAUCAUCAUGCUCAAGUGAUGAGGAAAGCAAUGAGCAACCAAGGAGUGUGUUCACAGACCUAGAUUAUAAUGCUGAUAGUUUCUUAAGCCCACCGAGUAUACCUGAACUACCCAAUUGUGUGUUGAGUCCUCUAGAAAAUGUGGCGAGGGGUGAUUGUACACCACAUUCUAAUAAGAGGCCCAGUACUAGUAAACCUCUAUGUCCCUCACCGCCAAAGCGCAAAUGUCCCCUGCCAGGACUAUCCUGGGCAGAUCCCACAGAUGUGUGGAGGAGUAUGUGUGAGUGUGAUGUGAGGUCCAGCAUGAAGAAGAACCCCAAUAUGUUUGACAAUCAUCCCAAUCUCCAACCAAGGAUGAGAGCUAUUCUACUGGACUGGUUAAAUGAGGUAAGAGUUUGCGAAGUGUACAAACUACACAGGGAGACUUUUCACCUGACAGUUGACUACGUGGAUCGAUACCUGACCAACACUGACGACGUCCAGAAAGGUCGCUUACAGCUCAUAGGUAUAACAUGUUUAUUCAUCGCAGCUAAAGUAGAAGAGGUCUAUCCACCAAAAAUAGGCGAAUUCGCAUACGUGACUGAUGGCGCGUGCACGACAGAGGAAAUACUACUAGAGGAACUACUCAUACUGAAAAUACUAUCGUGGAGCAUCACCCCCAUCACCAUCAACAGCUGGCUGAACAUAUACAUGCAGCUGGCCAGCGAGGGCCGCAGCGCCAAGCGCCGCCUGCUGGGCGAGAGCGACGUCGGAGCCAACGCCCUGCGCGGGUACACCUUCGUGUUCCCGCAGUACUCGUCGCUCGAGUUUGUGGUGUGCGGCCAGCUCGUCGACCUCGCCGUGCUUCACGUCGACGUCAACAAGUUCGCCUACAGCGCCGUGGCCGCGGCGGCCAUCGCGCACGCCUUCAGCGACGACCUCGCGCUGCGCGUGUCGGGCUACAGCUGGGAGGCGCUGGAGCCGUGCCACCGCUGGCUGGCGCCGUUCGUGCGCGCCGUGCGGCGCGCGGGCAGCGUGGCGGCCGUGCGCGGCGGCGACGGCGAGCACGUGCAGCGCGCCGCCGGCCUGCGCCUCAUCUGCCCCGACCUCAACCUGGACGAGAGCCAUCGCAUCCAGACGCACGACGUCUCGCUCGACAUGUUCGACCAGGUGUACCAGCAGCUGCUGGAGCAGACGCAGCACGUGUACCCGCCGACGCCGCCGCAGUCGGGCCACAAGAGCCCGCGCGCGGAGGGCGCCACGCCCGGCGCGUGCGCGGCGCGGGACUGACUCGAGGCGGCCCGAGUGGUUGUGUUGGAGAUGUGGUCGUGACUACGAUGAAUGUACAGUUUUGUAGACGAGUAAUCGUCGAUUUAGCCUAAUUACGAAUGAUAACCUGAUGUAAAUAUAGUGUAUGCUUAGAGUAAGUAGCUUGAUUUGUUAAAAAAAAAUUAAAAUAAAAA